AUGGCGUCCACGAUUGAUGGCGUGGCGGUCGUCACAGGCGCAGGCAGCGGAAUUGGCAGAGCGGUUGCCCUUGCGUACGCUGCCGAAGGUGCCCGCGGAGUUGUCGUGGUUGAUUUGAACUAUGAGGCUGCCAUGGAGACUGCUCGACGGAGCAAACCGAUUGCCACAAACCCCGCCUAUCAGGCCCUGGCCAUAGCGGUGGACGUGACCGAUAUCUCCAGCGUGGAUAGCAUGGUGCAGAACGUGGUGGAAACAUUUGGACGAAUUGACUAUAACGUCAAUAGCGCUGGGAUUGGAGUGCAGCAGCACCGGGCUGUAGAUGAGGUAGAUUCACUAGAGAUGAACCGGUUCUGGCAGGUCAACGUGAUGGGGACGUUAAACUGCAUUCAAGCCAUAACAAAGGUCAUGAAGACGCAGAGCAUCGCCACGGUGGGUCUAAGAGGUCGGACUCGCGAGGUCGGCCGCGGCGUCAUCCUUAAUGUGGGAUCUUGUAACUCGUACAUUGCAACGCCCCAGAUUGUUCCAUAUACAACCACCAAGCAUGCCCUGUUGGGUCUUACCAAAACCGCAGCGCUGGAUAAUGCUCCCCAUAAAAUCCGAGUGAAUGCCAUUUGCCCUGGCUGGGUCAACACGCCCAUGGUCGACGCCGCGGUCGAAGGCAAUCCGAAUCUGCCAACGAUGAUGAAGACAAUCAUCCCCAUGGAGCGAAUUGCUGAGGUGGAGGAAAUCGCAGACGUGAUUGUCUUUAUGACGAGCCCGCGGGCCAGCUAUGUCACUGGCGCCGGUUGGAUCGUGGAUGGAGGUACCACCCUUCAGGUUCAGACCUGUUAG